CCUGGCUGACAUGGAAGUGGCUACAAGCGGCAGGAGGCCUGGCCAGGAGCCCCUGGGGAGCCGAGGUCACUCCCACAGAAACUACAAAGGGAUGCUCUCCAAGGCAAAGGUGUCCUUUGCAGAGAACGGUAGAGAUCCACGUUCCCGUGAAAGCCAGAGAAAGGACGGCAUCGUGGAGACCGGAGAGGGCGCGCAGAGCACAGGAGUGAUCACCAGGCAGAGCCAGGUGGCCAAGGGCUCCAGGCACAAGCGAUGGAGAAGCCCUGAUGGCUCCCGUGGCAAUUGCCACAAAGAAAACGGACAGUGGGAGGAGAAGGGCGGAGGAGGGCCAUCUCCAGCCCAAGGGAGAAGAGAGGACCAGCCUGACUGCGCUAGAGAAGGAGGUCCUGGCAGAAGAGGUGCUGCCCACUCUCCGUGGCCCCUCAAGGGCAGGAGGACCCGGCCCGGACGGAGUGAUCCAGUGAGGACCCGCAGCCGCGGACGCCGCCCGGACAGCCGCGAGGCCCGUCCCGCGUCCCCAAAGCGCCGCCGCCUCCACCUGGGGCCAGAGGCGCGCGAUCCCCCGGCGGCCGUCACCACCAGGCUCUGGCACCGGAUGGGCGCGCUGGAGGUGGCCCUGGACGAGCUGCGGGCUCCGGGGGGCGCCUUCCUGCCUGUGCCCACCCGCCGCACGCAGCC